AUGCGUGUGCCCGGCGCCCGCUCUCUCUGGCGCCAGUUCCUCCUGGCAGGCGGCUGCGUCGCCACCUGCAUCGUACACGAUGCCUCCGCGAUCCAUGAGAGAGGAUUGCAUUUUCUGGCUCAGUCUGGAAGUACUCAUCAACUCACGGACAACACUGCUCCUCCUUCUCUCUUUGCUCUCUCCAACUACGCUCGAGGGCGCCAAAUUGAUGACGUGGGCCAAGCCGCUGGGGGGUCCGGUGUGACUGACGUGGACCCAGAGAGCUCGGCUAAACCACAACACGCUUAUAUCGGCGCAGGCAGUUGUGAAUCGAAUCCCUGCGGAGAAGACGCCGACUGCACAGAGAAUUCCCUCGGGCAUGCCUGCACGUGUCAUUUGGGAUUCUUUUGGGAUGGGCAGCUCUGCAUCUCAAUCAGGGAGCACCACAUGUGUGCACCUGGACAGCCGGUGGAUCUAAACGUUCGGAACGAGUACGAAUGUGAAUGUAUCCCUGGGUACGUUGUCGGGACAGGCACCGCGCCAAACGGAGCCGCCGUGGAAACAUGCGUAGUAGAAACAUGUCCCGACGGCUACUACCGCGACGGCGACUCUUGUAAGCUGCCAACGAACGACCUGUGCGAACCUGGUCGGCUCGGUCCCCAGACAAACCCAAACGAGUACACAUGCAAGUGUCCAGCGACGCAUUUCGUUGAGACCUUCGUCGGAGACGGAAAUGUCAACCUUCAGCGGUGCACUCCUGAUCCCUGUUACGGACAGUGUUCAUCGGGAACAUGUACUCGAUCCACUUCUGAGGAGUCCGGGUUCACGUGCGAGUGCCCGGAACACUACAGUGUUGUGACGGUCGGCGACAAGCAGGUGUGCCAGGCGGGUCCGUGUGCAGAAAAUCCUUGCGGCGAUCCGGAGAUCGGUCACACCUGCAGAGCCACAUCAGACACAGAGUAUACUUGCUCUUGUGCUCCGGGAUACGUUUUCAACGGAGUAACAUGCGCUGAGAGUUCGGCGAACCCAUGCUAUCCGGGAACAGUGGCGACUACAGACGGACUGGGUGGCUACACCUGUAACUGUACUGCGGGAUACAUGGCUGAAAAUAUCGAGGAUUCCGGAGAUGUGACACAGCAGCGAUGCAUCGAGGAUGUGUGUUACAACAAGUGCGACAAUGGUACCUGUUCACGAACUCCGAGACUAGGUUCAGACUCCGCAUACAGAUGUGAGUGUCACGAGGGCUACGAUGUGAAGAGGAACGACCAGGGCGAGUACUGUGAAGCGAUUGGGUGCUCCAGCAACCCGUGUGGCCCACCUGAGGAAGGCCACCAAUGUUCGGUGUCUGGGGAUAACGGGUAUGCGUGCACGUGUGCAUCGAAAUACUUUUUCAACGGGACAGAGUGUGAAAAGGCGACAAAUGCGCUCUGCUCUCCUGGCAGGCUAGGUACGCAGGCAAACACGAACGAGUACACAUGCAAGUGUCCAGCGACGCAUUUCGUUGAGACCUUCGUCGGAGACGGAAAUGUCAACCUUCAGCGGUGCACUCCUGAUCCCUGUUACGGACAGUGUUCAUCGGGAACAUGCACUCGAUCCACUUCUGAGGAGUCCGGGUUCACGUGCGAGUGCCCGGAACACUACAGUGUUGCGACGGUCGGCGACAAGCAGGUGUGCCAGGCGGGUCCGUGUGCAGAAAAUCCUUGCGGCGAUCCGGAGAUCGGUCACACCUGCAGAGCCACAUCAGACACAGAGUAUACUUGCUCUUGUGCUCCGGGAUACGUUUUCAACGGAGUAACAUGCGCUGAGAGUUCGGCGAACCCAUGCUAUCCGGGAACAGUGGCGACUACAGACGGACUGGGUGGCUACACCUGUAACUGUACUGCGGGAUACAUGGCUGAAAAUAUCGAGGAUUCCGGAGAUGUGACACAGCAGCGAUGCAUCGAGGAUGUGUGUUACAACAAGUGCGACAAUGGUACCUGUUCACGAACUCCGAGACUAGGUUCAGACUCCGCAUACAGAUGUGAGUGUCACGAGGGCUACGAUGUGAAGAGGAACGACCAGGGCGAGUACUGUGAAGCGAUUGGGUGCUCCAGCAACCCGUGUGGCCCACCUGAGGAAGGCCACCAAUGUUCGGUGUCUGGGGAUAACGGGUAUGCGUGCACGUGUGCAUCGAAAUACUUUUUCAACGGGACAGAGUGUGAAAAGGCGACAAAUGCGCUCUGCUCUCCUGGCAGGCUAGGUACGCAGGCAAACACGAACGAGUACACAUGCAAGUGUCCAGCGACGCAUUUCGUUGAGACCUUCGUCGGAGACGGAAAUGUCAACCUUCAGCGGUGCACUCCUGAUCCCUGUUACGGACAGUGUUCAUCGGGAACAUGUACUCGAUCCACUUCUGAGGAGUCCGGGUUCACGUGCGAGUGCCCGGAACACUACAGUGUUGUGACGGUCGGCGACAAGCAGGUGUGCAAGGCGGUGUCAUGCGCACAGAAUCCUUGCGGUAAUCCGGAGAUGCAUACUUGCACGAGGUUCGGAGACACGGAUUACAUGUGUUUCUGUGCGGCGGGUUACUAUUUUGACGGCUUCACGUGCAAGGUGCUCACGGGAGAUCUGUGCUGGCCUGGAGAGUUGGGUACCCAAGAGACAAGGAAUUCAUACACGUGUUCGUGUCCCGAUGGAUACAAUCGUGACAAGUACUUGUCGGAUGGAGGCGUUACGUUGGAGAGGUGUUUGGAGGAUGUCUGCUACAACAAAUGCGAUAAUGGCAAUUGCAUUGAGGUGAAUGGAGAAACUCGUACCUAUCGUUGCCAGUGUAACGAGGGGUAUUCUCCGGAUCAGUCUGGGAAAAACUGUGUGAGAGAUCAGUGCUCGACGUCUCCUUGCGGGCCUUCGUCUCUGGGCCACCAAUGCACGAACGAGGAGGACGGGACCUAUUCUUGCAUCUGUGCGAAUGGGUACUACUUGAAUGGGAACACCUGCGAAAUGGCGAUUAACCUCCGGUGUUUCCCUGGGGUUCUGGGGACACAACUCCGCCCCAAUGAGUACACAUGCAACUGUACUCCUCCGUAUAUAGCGCAAGACUUCGAAGCGGCCGGAGGCGUGACUCUGCAGAAAUGUGUCAGAGACCCUUGCAGCGGCCAGUGUGCGCACGGCACAUGCACGCAAAGCUCAGAGACCAGCUGGGGGUACACGUGCAACUGUGACACGCACUAUACCCUUGAGGAGACGGAGCACGGCCAGUACUGCAGAGGAGAUCCUUGCGCAUCAUCUCCAUGCGGAAAUGAGGACGACGGGCAUCAGUGCACGAGUCCAGACGAAUCGACCUACUCCUGCCAGUGCAGUCAGGGAUUCUACUUUGAUGGGGGAAAGUGCCAGCGUGUAUCUGAGGACCUCUGUGAACAUGGUUCAUUGGGGACGCUCACCGCGAAUCAGUACACGUGCAACUGCGACGAAGGCUACGUGGCGCAAGAUUUCGAUGUGGCUGAGAAUGUGACUCUCCAGCGAUGCAUCGCUGACGUCUGCUACAGGCAGUGCGAUCACGGAGAGUGUCGUGUCGAUGACUCACGAGACGGCGGUUAUGCGUGCACGUGUUCCGAGGGCUAUUCUGUUGCUUCUACACCGGAAGGGGAGUUCUGUCAAGAAGACCCGUGCUCGUUGAAUCCCUGCGGGUGGCCCGAUCGCGCGGAUUCCUGCGAAAACACCGCAGAAUCAAGCUACGCGUGCACGUGUGCAGCCUGGUACUAUUACGACGGACAGACAUGCCAAGAGGCAACAGACGAUCUGUGCACUCCAGGAUGGUUGGGUGAGCAAACCCAUGUCAACGCGUACACGUGUACAUGCCCGUCAGGCACGGUGGUGGAAGAUUUCGAAGGUGCUGGCCAGGUGACGCUUCAGAAAUGCGUGGAAGACACCUGUCUGCACGACCGCUGUUCGCCUGGGUCGUGCACCCAAAAUCAUUCGGCACCGUUUGGGUACGAGUGCACCUGCGGGCCGGGGCUCAGCCUCGAAAUGACACAAGAUGGACCGAUGUGCGCCCACGAUCCAUGCUCGCUGUCUCCGUGUGGGUCACCCGAGGCCAACCACAUAUGCGUCAACCUGGUCGGUGAAGAGUACGCUUGCACGUGUGCAAGCGGCUACUAUUUGAACGGGAACUCUUGCGCGCCGCUGUCCGACAGCUUAUGUGCGCCAGGGAAUGUACAGCAGGACGAUGUGAACACGUACACAUGUGUGUGUCCGGACUCGCAUCAGCUGCAAGAGUUCACAGGUCCUGCGGGCCUUCCCGUUCAACGCUGUGUCGCAGACAUUUGCGGUGACCAGUGCGACCCAGGUUCCUGUUCCCACGAUAAAACGAAAAAUGGCUGGUACACAUGCACCUGUCCGCCGGGGUUCCUUUCGCAGCCCGGCGCUCCUGUCACUGGUGGCGAAAAGUGUGUACCCGACGAAUGCCCUCUCGAGGACUGCGGUCUUGAGAAUAUCAAGUAUUGUCUCAGGGUUAACGGAGCUCCCCAGUGUUUCUGCAACGACGGAUAUUACUACAACAAAUUCACCGCGCAAUGCACUCUCGAAAACCCGUGCGACUACGAUGUGUGUGGCGCGUCGGAGGCUGUGGAAAAUUGCAACUUCCUUGGCGGUGGAAAGUGGACUUGCGAAUGUCGGCCAGGGUUCCGCGUCGAAACCUCCGCCAGAGACGAGCAGUCCUGCGUCCGUGCGAGCUUCUGUGACGGAGAUCCGUGCGGUCCCCCGGAUGUGAACAGGUGUGUCUCGACUCUAAAGGGAUACUCCUGUCGCUGCGGGGCAGGCUACACGCUUGUACGCAAGCCGCAAAUGACAUGUGAGCCUGUCAGCUGAUCGCUUCUCUCUGAAAGUAACACGGGUAGCGGGGGGUACUCUGGCGGCCGUGCGCUGUAAUUUGCCUGAAUGUCAUGGUGAAUGCAUGAACGAUUUAGAGUUCGUCAAGCCGUUUGCGGCGAACGGUGGCGCGUCGCCAGCUAGCCGGGACCCCCGGAAUGGCAUUAUUCGAUGUGAUCUCUGUGUCUGUGCAUAUGGAUGUCUGUUGUUCUCCGG